CACGCAUGUGUACAUAUCGUGUUCGGAAUAACAGAAUAAGGUUUUGACGAAAAAAAAGGCAGUAUAUGUUCAAGAAGUGAUAGUUAUCUUAGUAAAAAUUUAUUUUAACUUUAUUAGAAAAAUUCGGCAAACAAGAUGGGCAUGCUUGAACGAUUUCUACACAAUUUGGAUAUGUCGACUGUUUUAGUUUCGCUGGUUGGUUUCCUGUCGACUUAUUGGUUACUGCAACUGUAUCGGAAACCACGGUUCCCUCCGGGUCCAAUGGCUUGGCCUCUUAUUGGGAACAUGCCACAGAUAUUUGGAAAGGCACUCCAUCUGGCCCUGACCAGUCUAGGCGAGCAAUACGGGCCGCUCGUCUGGUUAAAAAUGGGAGGAGAGAAUGUUUUGGUGGUUAACACUAUUGAUUCUGCAAUCACAAGUUUCGUUCGACAAGGUCGAGUAUUUGCUGGUAGACCGAAACAACGCAAGACUGUUGAAGUUCUUCUUGGCAAGGGUAAAGACAUUGUAAUGAGUGAUGCUGGACCCGACUUGAAGUUUCACAGGAAAAUUGUACACUCGUUCUUGUCCUCGCAGACACGAGGUGGUAAGCUUCACCUAGAAAAUAUGAUCAUUUUCGAAACGGAGAGUUUGAGUGACAAACUGGCAAAGGUGUGUAAGAAGGGCGAGUCAUUUGAUCCCAAACUUGACAUAUCCAGAGUCGUUGCUAACGUGUUAUGCAUGUGCAUUUUGGACCGGCGAUUCGAGGACGUUGACGAUGCCUUUCUCGAUCAGCUUAAUAUUAUUCAAGAUAUUGUGGACAACAUAGAGAGUUUCAAUAUUGUUGACGUAUUUCCAUUUCUUGAGAGAUUCCCUAUUCCAAGCUGGCGCCGCUUCCUGGACAGUCUGAAGCGAAGGGACCAAUGGCUUUCCCAAGUCAUAUCAGAACAUAGGGAAACUUUGAGUGACAACAAUCGUGAUUUACUUGACAUCUUGCUGAAGGAACAGCAGGAAGCUCGGAAUGAAGGGGACAACGAACGUUUGGCUCUUCUCAGUGACGUCAGCAUCGGCCAUAUUGUUUAUGAAUUGUUCGGCGGUGGAAUCGAAUCUACAACCAUGGCGAUUCUUUGGUUUAUUAUCUACAUGAUAAGGAAUCCACAGUGGCAGAAACGAAUUUAUGAGGAAAUUCACAGCGUAUCGGACCAAAACACAUUACCGAAACCAUUUGACCGUUCGCGUUACCCCGUUCUGGAGGCCACCAUUAAGGAGACACUUCGUAUGGCAGCCGUCUUACCUGUUGGCUUCCCCCACAGGACUAUGGAGGAUACACAACUUUCUGGAUUCCAUGUCCCUAAAGACACCAUGGUACUGAUGAACGUCUGGGCUAUUCACCAUGACGAGCAAGCUUGGCAUGAUCCGUACUACUUUAACCCCGGCCGCUUCCUUGAUGAAUGUCCGGGAGAGAGGUACAGUUACCUACCGUUCGGGAUAGGAAACCGUGUGUGCCUCGGAUCUUCUAUUUCUAAAAUGGAAAUAUUCAUGUACUGCGCAUGUCUCCUCUCCAAGUACGAGCUUACUUGUCCGGAUGGAGAACCACUGCCGGAUGUGACGGGCAUUCCUGGACUGACACUGAGACCAAAACCGUUCAAGAUCAAGCUAAUUGAGAGGUAAACUAACAGUACCUCUCUCUGAAGUCAGAACUGAAUGGUGAACGCAUUUACCAUGAUAUCAGAUUCCUCAGUUUCUUGACAAGCGCCGCGAUUCCGCCAGUAAGCAUUUCCAUUGGAAAACGCCAGAUCGAUUCCGCAGCGAAACAGAGGAAUGUAAACCACAGCAACAACAGGAAUGGAACUGUGAUAUUUUAAAUCGAUUCAAUUGCCCUGUUUAAGAUUUAAGACUUGGCACCAAUUUUGGUUUAGAUGUCAUAUCAGAUCCUCGGGGGCUACUUUGAUAGGCUAUUUUUAAGUCCCAAUAGCUGUCACCAUGCCAUUGACAAAACGUUUGCUUUUAAGAUCGUCUAAGAAAGACUAGAUUUUAUUAUUUUGUCUUAUGCCUAGGAUCAAGAUGUAAAUGGUUUAUUUUAUAUGUGGCAAAUCCAUCUUGUACAAUGAACAUGUAUACAAAGAUUUUAGAUUUUGUGAAAUUAACACCACUUCUGCGUUAUGUUUAUUUGAACAAAGCGUUGUUAUUACUUUAAUUAUUUUAACUGCGAUAAUCGUUGAAAUGUUGUGCUUAAGAUUAUAAGUAUUUAACCAUUAACUUUAUAUAGCAUAAACGAAUAUACCAUGAAUAAUGUCAAACCAUUUAUUCCUUCCGAGUAGUGCGAAUGUUAAAGUAAAAUUGUGCUCAUGUACGUUUUUGUUCCUCUACCUACUGCAUUAUGCAUACCUAUCCCAAACUAAUCUAUGUUUGCCAGUCGGAUUUGGGGGGAAAAUGCACUGUCUGUGUGUUAUUACCACGUGAAAGUUUGGCACGAUUCCAACUAUAUUAAAUUGGUACACGCAUUUAGGUCACCGUGCAACUUGGUCGAUUGUUUACAUCUGUGUAUCACCAGUGUAGAAAGGGCAUAAAAUACACACAUAUAUAUCUAUAAACAUGUAUAUAUAUAACAAGGAAAAUAGUUUCCAGAUAGGGGAAGUGUAUCACGGUACAGUGUGUCUACUGACACAACUCGUCAACAUCUGCGGUUUAUACACUACUAGAUAUAAAAGAAUGCGGCGCUCUCUUUUGAUCUAUGUGCUUGUUGAAGUUUGUCUGUUUGUGUACGGCAAUUUAGGUAGUGGUAUGUACGUGCUGAUGAAAACUACCGAAGAGACUAAUUAAUUACAACAAAUACGUUCAGCAAAAAUUAAUAAAAAUCUGGGGAUAAUUAUCCCUAAUGAGCCAGUCUUCAUCCCCUUGCCUAAGUCAAGGAUGUGUAUUAAAUGUAUGUUACAUAGUUAUUACCAUCAAUAAGUUUUGUGUAUAGAUAGUAUUUAUGUUUCUCAUUUUGAAUACACCUAAUAUUGGUUCUCUGUUCUGCUGUUGUUCAAACUCGCAGUGUAGCUAAUUGCAUUAUUGUCGACAUGUUGGCUAGCUGGUAAAUACAGACGCAUCGGGUUUUGGAUGAAUGGCAUGUAUAUCACCUAAAUAUUUGUCUAAGACUCACCUUUACGAUUGUUAUAUGAUAGGAACUUGACCUAAAUAUUUCUCUCUCUUUUAUUUGAUCCCAAAUCAGUAAUGCUAAUAAUCACACAAAAGAAAUCACUUUAAAAGGUCAACACAAAAGCUUCAUAAACGAACGCAGAGCUUCACGUUAAAGUUUUGUAAAGUGAUUUAAGGAGAUCAUUGAUAAACAGUUUGGAAACUGAAUGACUGUUAAAUAUCUGUCUUAAUAUCAAAUCGACAAAGUAGUUAGAAUAAGGGUGCUUCACCUGUGUAUUAUGCUGAUGGUUGUCGUUAUAAUAAUACUAGAAUCCGUCCAUUUUUUACCAUAAGAUUAUUGUAAUAUUCAUGUUAUUAUGUAACUGCACAUACGGAUGAAAUGUGCUUCAGAAGCAAUGUCUUGCAAUGAUAUGAACCUUCAAAGAAUCAUGGACUCGAUAGGACAACAGGACACUCUUAAUUGUUGUAUAUAUAUCGUUUGUACAUGUAUGUUAAGGUUAUAUGUGCAAUAUGUCAUAUAUCAUGUCUGUAUAUAAUUACGUCAUUAUUACAGUCAGGAAGUGCAAAGAAAACCUUUAUAUUUCGGAACUCAAAAAAGAUCACAUCAAAAGAAUUGCUUAAGUAAAAUAAUAAAUACAGGAAAACAAAUAACUUCAAUGUUUCGGGAUAGAGCUAGUCCCCGGUGAUUGAAUCAGAAGUUAAAUAAGACAAUGUGUUGUACUGUAUAUAAUGUAAAAAGGUUUAUUACAAAUAAUCAUACUUCUAUCCUGUUAAGUUUAUAUACAUUGUUAUUAACUGUUUGUUUAGUAUUGUAGUAUUUAUACUUUAUUAUAUAAGUGUUAACCCUCGUCUAUGAUGUAAUACUUUCUUAUUAUGUAUACUUUAUCAUUACUGUUUUGUUGUUCAGCCCUAUUGAAAUAAAGCAGCUAAAUUACGUA